GCCAACUAGUACGACAGUAAGCUUUUUACCUUCACGAGCCUAUAUGCUCAGAUACCCAUUGGUAUCUCUAUCCUUGGAUGUUUAUUAAUUAUUUUAGAAAUUUUUGUAUAUUCAAAUAUCUGAUUAAUCUUUAAGUGAAUUUUUGGAGUCGUUUUGGCGGUGAAUUAAAACUUAGAUGUUCACUGACAUGAAUAUUAUUUUACGUUUACAUAUCUUGAAGGAUGGAAAAGAAAGCUAUCAGUUUAUUCUGUUAUGUGAUCGCUCAUCCUUCGUGAACGAUGUGAAGCAAAAAAUCCAAUCUACUUAUAAAUCCUUAUAUCCUGACAAGGGAAACAUAAAUGUUGUUAAUAUUAAAGACGAAGAGAACUACGAUAUUCCUAAUGAAUAUUGUAUUGGUGACAUCUUUCAAGGGAAUUCGAAAGUACUCGUAGAGUGUAAUUCUGUAAAUAUCUCUACGGUCGUUCAGAAGGACAAUACUUAUUCUUCUAUAGAUAAUGAAGAAAAUUACGUGCCAAUAGACACUGUUGAAAUUGGUAAAACUACAUUACCCCAGCACUUAAGCGAGCAUGCUCAACCUUCAUUGAAACGCUCAAGGUCUUCGUUUUCGGAACAGUCUUCUCAAAAGAAACUUAACGCAGCUUCUGAUGAAGGGAUUGAGUCAUCCGGGUUUAUUUAUCGUCCUACCAAUGCUCGUGAUUCCAUUUCGUCAGUCACAUCUAUCAAUCAUCGAGAAGAUGCCUUACCUUCAGAUGAUGAAAACUAUAAUAAUAUUACUCAACCUAAUUUAGUUUCAGACUCGACGGAAAAUGGGGCGAUUGAGAAAAAAGAACACACUGUUCAAGAAACAAGUCCUAUCAAAGACAAUAUACGCGGAACAAGUGAAGAAGUAAAGACAUUGUCAGAUUCACCACGGAAACUAUCGCAAAAACAAACAACUCCUUCCCCAUCAAAACAGAAGAAAGGUGAAGAAUUAUCUCAACUUUCCGCGGCAAGUCCACGUAUUACAAGGUCAUCAAAGAGAUUAGAGCUAAAGAAAGAACGCACCGAAGCUCCCGCUGAAAAUUCCAAGGGUCAGAUGGCCGAACAAAAACAAGAGCACGAAGAUCAUUCUACAACUAGCGAGUCCGAAGAGGAAGAGAUCGAAGAGCCAAGUGUCCUUGCGCCUGAAAUUGUUGUUCAUGAAACACCUUCUCAUCCAUCUACAGCUGUUCCUUCGGAAAACGAAGACAGCAGCUCUGAUAGUGGAAGCAUUUCUGGGUCUUCAUCCGUGUCUGUCUCAUCGAGUUCUUCAAGUGACCUUUCCGAGGAAAGUGAUGACGUUGGUGAACAAAACUCGAUCUCUUCUUCAAAAGAGCGUUUAGCGAUGUCCAAUGCAAAAGAAACAGCAAGAGAGGAAAUUUCUAAAAAUGAGGAUGUUAACACAUCAACUGGUGCUUCUAAUGCUAACAUUCAAGAUGCGGGAAAGAAAUUCAGACAAAUUAGCCAAAACUCGGAUACUGAUAGCGAGCCAACUACAGAAUCUUCCAGUGAAUCGGAAUCAGAGUCUGAUUCUUCCAUUCCUUUAAGUCAGCGAGCGCAUCCUCCUUCAGCUGAAGUCGCUGACACUUCGUCUAAAAAUCUACCAUCUAAAAUAACAACCAGAAGUAAAUCUAACACCCAGAAGCCUGAACCACAAAGGACUCUGUCGUAUUCUCGGCUUUCUGAGCUGUCGAAAACGUUUUCUCCCGAAAUUAAGGAUCCGAUGCUUAGAAAAGACGAGCCUCAAAAGUCCGACAAAAACAUUGACUCCAAAGAUGCAUCUAAGGAGAAAGAACAGCAAUCUUCUUCGGAAAGCGAAGAGAAUGAUUCAGAUGAAGAGUCCUCUUCAAGUGAGUCCGAUGCCCCUAUGCAAGAAAAAGCAAACCCGAUCCCCUUAGAAAAACGUGCAAGUGCUGCUGUACCUCAGAAAAAGAGAGGAAGAGGUAGACCUAGAAAGAGUACGGGACUUGCUGGUUUAGCUGCUCUUGCCUAAAGUUCUAUCUCUUUUUCUUUACGUUUUACUUAGUAUCCUUUUACAUUCGUUUCAAUUUACGAGCUUACAUUUCCCAUAGAUUACGUUUGUUAUUCCUUUGUAAGAGUGAACUUUCACUUUUAUUUGUAACUAUCACUGAACAUAUUCUCUCCAAGUCAGCUAUGAAAUGAUCGAAAGUACAUUCAGGAAAACGAUUCUAUGUAACCUUUCAUUCC